GAUUUAUUGAUGCAUUUAUUUUCAAUUCAGAGAGGGGAGAUUUCUGUCACUCUGCUGGCACCAAAUGUGUCUGGACUUACGCUUGACAUGCUGAGAGCAAGGGGAGCCGUGUGCCAAAGACGCAGUUGCUAGGGGGGCUGCUGUGGUCAGGAGGGGUGAACAAGUAUCAGCUUUCGCUGAGAAGAAACAGUGAUCAGACUAUUCUGGCACUGAAUGCCUCAGCAGGGCUUAGUUUUCACAUCAGAAUUAGCCAGGAGGAGAUGGUUCAUGACCAGGAAUUUUUCACUGGAAAAAUACUAACAUUGCGACAGGAAAACCAAGGCAGUGGCCAAUUUAUUUGUCCACAAUAUACUGUAGCCUCAUUCCUCCUACCUCCUGUCUGUUGCGAGAGAGGGUACAAGAUGUUUUGUAUGGAUGGCAGCGAUGAGGAAGACGCAUUUGCUACUGUAGCUGCGGACUUCAAGGCUUCGUUCCUAUAGACCUCUCUGUCAGUUGUUCUUUUUCAACUGGAUACAGCGCUAUCUGCACAGGAGCAUGGAAAUUCCUUUGUCUGAGCUGUGUCCAGCGUUCCUGGGAUGUCACCUGACAGUCUCAUGUUUUUGGAUGAAUUUAGUUCAGAGCUAUUCUUAGUACUGGAGAGAGUGUGAGUAGAGGGGCUUGGGAGAUUGGGAAAAGGCUGGCAGAUGAACAAAGAUGCCCAGGUACCUGCUCAAUUUAAGCAGAGUUGUUGCUUAAAUUAUUUGUUUAUGUUCAUUUAUGCAGUGCUGGCCAUCUCCUGAGCUGGAGCCAGGCCAGAUCAGACUGAUAGUGUAUCAAGACUGCGAGAGACGAGGAAGGAAUGUUCUAUUUGACUCCAACACAAAGAAGAAAAACACAGAAGAGACGCCAGUUUCGAAGUUGUGCAGUAAUGCCCAGGUGAAGAUGUUUGGGAAGUGCUGCCAGCUGAGACCAGCAGGAGGCAGUUCGAGCUCCCUGGAUAGCUCCUCCUCAUCUUUGGCCUCUGAGCCGAAGGAACAGGCUCCCAGAUACCAGGCAUCCCGUUGUUCAUCAGAUGCUAACAUGCUGGGAGAAAUGAUGUUUGGAUCUGUUGCAAUGAGCUACAAAGGGUCCACUCUGAAAAUCCACCAGAUACGUUCUCCGCCUCAGCUGAUGCUCAGCAAAGUGUUUACAGCUCGAACUGGUAGCAGUGUAUAUGGCAGCCUUAACACAUUGCAAGACAGUCUUGAGUUCAUCAAUCAAGAUUCGAAUGCUCUAAAACCAGAUCAGAACACUGUGGUGAACGGGCUACUGGGCAACAUAGGUUUUUCGCAACUCUGCAGCCCCCGACGGGCCUUCUCUGAGCAGGGCCCUCUUCGUUUGAUCAAGAGUGCCUCUUUCUUUUCAGGCCACAGUAACCCCAUGGACAUGCCUGGAAGAGGACAAAAUGAUGAGAGAGACAGUGGAAUUGCCAGAUCAGCCUCCCUGAGCAGCCUGCUCGUUACUCCCUUCCCUUCUCCGGGCUCCUCCCUCACCAGCAGCUGUGCCAGCAGCUACCAGAGGCGGUGGCUUCGCAGUCAGACUACCAGCCUGGAGAAUGGUGUAUUCCCACGAUGGUCAGUGGAGGAGAGUUUUAACAUGUCUGAUGAGACCAGUGGCCCCAGUCUGGGAGUCAUGAGGAAGAAGAAGAUUGCUAUAGGUGUCAUCUUCCUGCUUUCGCAAGACGAAGAGGAGAGUAACAAGUUUCAGGAUUUCUUCUUUUCACACUUCCCACUCUUUGAAAGUCACAUGAACAAAUUAAAAAGUGCAAUUGAACAGGCAAUGAAAAUGAGUCGGCGAUCAGCUGAUGCCAGUCAGAGAGCGUUGGCUUACAGCAGGAUCGUAGAUGCCCUGAAUGAAUUUAGGACAACCAUCUGUAACCUUUACACCAUGCCACGCAUUGCAGAGCCUGUAUGGCUCACAAUGAUGUCGGGGACUCCGGAGAAAAAACAGCUCUGUGGCCAGUUUAUGAGGGAGUUUGCUUUUCUAAUGGAGCAAGCCUCAAAGAACCAGUUUCUGCCAGCUCUCCUCACAGCCGUCCUCACCAAUCACCUGGCCUGGGUUCCCACUGUCAUGCCAAAUGGACAGCCACCCAUUAAAAUCUUUCUGGAAAAACAUUCCUGUCAGAGUGUGGACCUGCUGGCAAAAACUCACCCCUACAACCCUCUGUGGGCCCAGCUCGGUGACCUGUACGGUGCUAUUGGUUCCCCUGUGAGACUGUCUAGGACUGUGGUUAUUGGCAAGAGACAGGACCUGGUGCAGCAGUUGCUUUACUUCCUUACCUACUUCAUCCGCUGCUCAGAGCUCAUAGAGACUCACCUGAUAGAGAGUGGGGAAGAUGAGGCCAUAGUUAUGCCUGGCUCUCUCAUCACCACGUCCCUGCGCAAAGGAGAGGUAGAGGAAUCUGAGUACGUUCUUGUAACCAUGCACAAGCAUGGAAGCGAUUACCUGUGUCAAGCUCCUGAAGGGGAAGAAAACUAUAUUUCAGACAACAGCUCCCAAAACACUACAUACGCAGAUGAAGUACGUUUAGGAAGUGGCACCAAAAACCUUGAAAAAGAGUGUGCCCAGAACACAAAGAGCAAUGCCCUCCAGUCUUUAUUCAAUAAAAGCACCCUCCCAGUCAUCCGCACAGAGGAUGUCAGUGAUACACAGCGCUGUAAAGAGAAGGCAAACUGCUGCUUGGAGACAAAGCUAGAGACAGUUGUCUGUGUAGGGUCUGCCUUAAGGGACCAAAGCUCAGUGCUGGAGACUGCACUGGAGCCAGACAUUGACGCCAGAGCUGAUGAUGCAACUGCAGAGGCUGGGAGUGUCCCCAUUAAAGUGUUCCGUUCAUCAGGCAUACCUCUGGAGAAAAAGCCACCGGAUAAGACCAUGUUGUCCAACUUUCUGUCUGAUGAUGAGCAGCCUUCCACUAAAGUAAUGUUUCUGAUUGGGGAUUCGAUGUCACCAGAUUCUGACACAGAAACCCGGAGGCUCAAAGUAGAAAAGCAAAUUAAGAAGCACAAGAAACAGCUAAAGGAGAAACCACAGGGUAGCGCUGAGCAGAACUGUGACUCAAACAAGAUAUUAGAGGACCAAGCCAAGACCAACGAGGCCAAGGAAAGAUUGCUUCAUGAUGCCAGAAAGCUACCAAACUGGGGCCUUCCUCAUGAACAACGCAUAGAAUUAUUUGAUGAGUAUUUUAGCGAUGAUAAUCCAGUGGAAACCAGGACAAUUGAUGAUAUUUUAAAAAAAGAGGAAUCAAGCACCUCUGAAAGUGCAGAGAAAGAACUUUUAUAUCCUUCUAAAAGCUCAGGGGGGUUCCCUGGCAAUAAGAUCCAGAGUGGGCUGGGAGACGGCAAAUGUUGUUGUAGUGCAAUGGAUUCCAUGAGGGGAAGCUUUUGUAAAAAUUGUUCUGCUGAGCAGGACAAAGGAAUUGUGAUUUCAGUUACUGUCCCCCAAGGGGACAAAGAGGAACUGAAAAAAGCUCUCCCACUCAAUGAGUGGGAAAUUCCACGGAACGAGAGCUCGGACAGUGCCCUAGGGGACAGCGAGAGUGAGGACACUGGCCAUGACAUUCAAAGACACGACAGCAGUUACUAUGGCGAGGAGCAAGAAGAGUGGCUAGAUGAGGUGGAGAUACCUUUUCCAGGGUCUAAAUUAGUGGAGAUGAAUUUCUCCAAGCCUAACAUUGCAAAUUUUGGGAGGUCUUUGUUUGGUGGAUAUUGUCCAACUUAUGUUCCUGACUUUGUUCUGCAUGGGAUACCCAAUGACGAGAAGCUUAGGCAGUGUCUAAUGUCCGAUUUGGCACAUGCUGUACAGCAUCCAGUUUUGGAUGAACCCAUUGCUGAAGCUGUCUGCAUUAUCGCAGACACAGAUAAGUGGACAGUACAGGUGGCUAGCAGCCAGAGACGAGCAACAGAAAACAAACUGGGCAAGGAGGUCUUAGUGUCCAGUCUCAUCUCCAACUUGCUCCAUUCAACCCUCCAGCUGUAUAAGCUCAACCUUUCAUCUAACUUUUGCAUCAUGCACCUUGAAGAUCGACUUCAGGAGUUGUAUUUCAAAAGCAAAAUGCUUGCAGAAUACCUAAAGGGUCAAACAAGAGUGCACGUUAAAGAGCUUGGAAUGGUUCUGGGGAUUGAAUCCAGCGAUCUUCCUUUAUUGGCAGCAGUAGCAAGUACUCAUUCUCCAUAUGUGGCCCAGAUACUGUUAUAGAUGGGCAAAAGGCAAAAAUGGAAACAAUUUCAUCUGAAACCACAAGAGCAGCAGAGAGACAGCAACAAUCUAGGCUGAACUUGUCUGGCCAUUUGCAAAAGGAGGCUUAGCCUUGCACAUGCAGAGCAAACGGAAGCAGUGUGAGGCACUGGGAUUGGACAGCGUUACUGUUGGAUCACAAAUCAAAUGUUCGCUGCCUACGAAGUAGCAAAGGAUACACAGAGCACAUCCGUGUCUACACACAGAAGGAGAGUGUCUCAGACUGCUUGAAGGUUUUACUGUCAUUUUGCAUCUUUGGAGCAUUUUCUUACUGUUUUUAAGAUUUUUAGAAGUACAGUACAAUCUUGCUAAAAAGGAAGUAUAAUAAGGAUGUAAUCAGAAGAGGAAAAAAGGAGAAAUGCUAACAGAUCUCAUCACUAAUAAUCACACAUCUUUUGGUCUUUUUUCUAUCGCAUAAAAGAAAAAAAAGAUCUAUAGAAAAUGCUGGGGAGCAUUAUUUAAAGCAAAUCUCAAGUCUGUUCUUUCCCAUUCUGAUUUCUUGUGUUUUGUAUUGGACCCUGGGGAAUCAUCCUCCAAAGUUUAACUUGGAUUUUAUCGUUACUCAUUGAUUUGGAAGUUCCUUUCCUGCAUUGCAUGUAAAACUACUUUAAAUCAAUGUUAGUGGAACAGAAAUAUGCAAUUCUAGAUUACUGCAAUCCACAUUUAUUUUCCCAAAAUAGCUUUGGGGUCUGAGUUUGAAAAAGGGAGCAGCUACAGAAUAAUAGCAUUCUUGUCUUGCAUUACUACCUCAGACCCAUAGGGGGCUACAGUGAACAAGUGUCAGUUUUGCUGCCAUAGAUUGCUUAAAGGGAAAUUAACACUUUUUAAAAAUUAGAAAUGUGUAGCAAAUAGGCACAUUAUACGUUGUGAAUUGGGAUAUUCUCACCAAGUAUAGUUUUCCAAAAGGAAUAAUUUAUUUUUUGCUACCUAACAAUGCAUAUUAUACUGAUAAUUUAAAUUACUAUUAAUUCUCAUUUAUGUGGAAAUACAAGUAUAAAUAACUAUGACUAUGGUGAUGAAGCAAUUCAAAGAUCAGUUUAAUAUUUAAAAUGACCACAGUAAGUUUCUCAAUAAUUUUAGGUCCCUUCAGUAGCUCUAUAGCUAUAUAACAUUCUGUGAUCAUGCAUGUUUCAAAAGGAGUCUAUUUGAAUUCAUUACACUUGCAAAAAUAGGUAAAUAUAUGCUUCAGCAACUUUUCUACUUUGAAACUUAAGUCUGUUUCUAAACUUACACAGUAUUUUUAAUGCUUAAAAGAUGCUAAUCUUUUCUAUAAGGGAAACAUAUCAUUAGGGGACAGAUCAAAAGGGCAGUUUCAAAAGGCUUAUUUUUUCUGAUAUUUUGUACCACUAUUGAGUAAUUAUGGUGUAUUUCUCUAUUAUUUGUCAAAAGCUAAUGUCAUGUACUUAAGUCUUAAUGGACGUGGCAUGCUGAAGGUAAAUAUCAUAAGAUGACUUCGUUUUCAAGGAUUAUUGUCAAUAUUAUGCUUUAAGAAUGCUUGACUGCUUAGGAUACUACAAUGACUAGCAUCGCCAUUGCUUUUUGUAAAAACAAAAAUCUUUUUUAAAUUAAAUAUAUUGUUAAAUUAUUUAGUAUGCCAUGUAAGUUAUGUACAUUGUAAAUAGUUGUUUUAUCUGUUUUAAUUUUGUACAUAAUGUUUUUGAAUAUGCAUUGUAUUCCUAAUUUAUUAUUUCCCAAUUUUAUGGGAAUGUUGUGCAAUAAAAUGUUC